CUAACACACACAACCUCCUUGCACUCCCCCACCCCUUCCUGCACACUCCCCUCUCACUCUUCCUGUUUACCCUUUUACCCUUCCUUCCUCCUCUUAUAAAACCUUCUCCUCUUUUUGACUCCACCUUCCUCCCUCCUUUGUCUCUUUCUUUCUUUCUUUCUUCCAUUCACACUCUCGCAAACCACUAUCGCUAUUUCUCCCUCUCCCUCUCUCUCUCUCUGUUUCAAUGGAUGACCACGUUUCCGCUCCCCAGCAGCUCCAACUCCGCAUGUCGGACACGGGCGAUCCGGCGCAAAAGCCGGCUGGUUUCGACGGAACUGGAGCUGGCGGCGCCAGGUACAAGCUCAUGUCGCCGGCGAAGUUGCCGAUCUCGAGGUCAUCUUGCAUCACGAUCCCUCCUGGUCUGAGUCCGACGUCGUUUUUGGAGUCUCCUGUUUUACUUUCCAACGUCAAGGCAGAGCCAUCCCCCACUACCGGUUCCUUGACUAAGCCUCAAAUGCCACAUGCCUCUGUUGGUUCCAGUUCAUAUUUGGCGACUAGCUUUGAGGAGAGAAAGUCCAGCAGCUUUGAGUUUAGGCCCCCUCCCAAAUCAAAUAUGGUAACUUCCUGCCAAAAUACUUACACUCAUGACUUUUCUGUGGGUCAAAUUUUAAACAACUGUGGACAUGAUCACCCUAAGCCUCAACCUAGCCGCCGAUAUUCUGCUGGUAUGAUCAUGUCCAACCAAAAAGAAAGAUCUGACAAAGCCUCAUCUUUAGCUGGCCGAGACGACAAGUCCAGCAUGUAUGGUCAAGUUUCUCACACAGGUGAGCCAAAUGGUACCCCUGACUUAUCGCCUGGUGCAGCAAAUGACGAAAAUGGAGAAGGUGCAGUACUGAACAGGAUCAAUGAUGAGUUUGAUGAAGACGAUCCAUUUUCAAAGCGGAGGAAGAUGGAUGGUGGCAUUGAAGUCACUCCUGUGGUUAAACCAAUCCGGGAACCACGUGUUGUUGUUCAAACUCUAAGUGAGGUCGACAUAUUGGAUGAUGGCUACCGUUGGCGCAAGUAUGGGCAGAAAGUGGUUAGAGGUAACCCUAAUCCAAGGAGCUACUACAAAUGCACAAAUGCUGGCUGCCCGGUAAGAAAACAUGUGGAGAGGGCAUCACAUGAUCCAAAAGCAGUUAUAACCACAUACGAGGGGAAGCAUAAUCAUGAUGUGCCUACAGCAAGGACUAGUAGCCAUGACACUUCUGGAGUGGCUCUCAAUGGGGCUUCAAGGCUCAGACCUGAAGAAAACGAUGCAAUCAGCCUUGAUCUUGGUGUUGGUAUCAGUUCUGGAAAUGAUAAUAGAUUGAGCGAGCAGCAGCAAGUGCAUGCUGAGCUUAUCCAAGGCCAAACACGGGCAAAUACUGCUGCCAGUUUCAGAUUAGUUCCAGCAGUUCCACUCGCAUCCUAUUAUGGUGUUGUAAACAGUGGCCUGAAUUCCCAUAUGUCUCGGGAACCUCAAACUGAAGUUCGAAGUGUUGAACUUCAACCGUUAAACCAUUCUUCUUACCCGUAUCCACCAAACAUGGGAAGAAUACUUUCGGGUCCUUGAUUUGUUGAUGUAACGGGCAAAGAUAAAAUUUCUGUUUGCUUUUUUCCUUGAACUCAUGCCGGCACAAGACAGGCUAGAAUGUUAAAUUUGGAAUUGAGUUGUUAUACAUACAUAUAUAUAUAUAUAUAUAUGAUAGCAUAGUGUGAGAGAGCUAACCUUUGUAUUAACUGCCUCAGGAAUCACCUUGUGUCACUUGUUUGUAACAUUGUCUGGUUGUACAAAGAUUAAACUGAUACAGGUACACUUUCUUCUGAGAUAAGAGUACUGUAUUUACUACGGGGAGUUGUUGAAAUGGAAUCUGUAAGAAAUAUGUACUCAAGGAAAAAAGUCCGGCAAUCCACUACUCUUUUUUAA